CUACUAGAAGAGGGCAGAGUCCCCAGUACUAGUCUCGCCGCUUUCCCUUCUCCUUUGACGAGAAAACCGAAAGAAAAGCACCGAUAGCAGAACCAAUCCAAUAGAGAAUAGAAAUGGACGCCUCGAAGCUGAACCAACUGAAGCAAUUCGUCGAGCAGUGCAAGUCCGAUCCCUCCGUUCUCACCGACCCUUCCCUCUCCUUCUUCCGCGAUUACCUUGAAAGCCUCGGCGCCCAGCUCCCUCCCUCUGCGUACGAGCAUGGCGACUCCAAAUCCAGGAGCUUCGUGGUGGAGGAGAGCGACGAGGACAUGGAUGGCGGGAAGGGAAAUGCGGACGAUGAAGUAGAAGAGGACGAGAUAGUCGAGUCCGAUGUCGAGCUCGAGGGGGAGACUGUGGAGCCUGAUUGUGAUCCUCCGCAGAAGAUGGGAGUUCCAUCAGUCGAGGUCACAGAGGAGAGCCGUGAUGCUGCGCAGGCUGCUAAGGCUAAAGCCAUCGAAGCCAUUUCUGAAGGAAAUUUAGAGGAGGCGAUUGAGAAUCUCACGGAGGCGAUUUUGCUCAAUCCGACGUCGGCAAUUAUGUAUGGGACCAGAGCUAGUGUCUAUAUCAAGAUGAAGAAACCAAAUGCGGCUAUCCGUGACGCCAAUGCAGCUUUGGAGAUUAACCCAGAUUCUGCUAAAGGCUACAAGUCUCGUGGCAUGGCACAAGCAAUGCUCGGUCACUGGGAAGAGGCUGCAAAGGAUCUUCACCUGGCAUCAACGCUAGACUAUGAUGAGGAAAUCAAUGCUGUUCUUAAGAAGGUGGAACCAAAUGCACACAGGAUUGAGGAACACCGUCGGAAGUAUGAAAGGUUGCACAAGGAAAGAGAAGAGAGAAAAAUUGAGCGUGAAAGACAACGUCGCCGUGCAGAAGCUCAGGCUGCAUAUGAGAAGGCCAAGAAGCAAGAGGAGUCAUCUUCCAGCAAGAAACCUGGAGGCAUGCCGGGCGGGUUUCCGGGUGGGAUGCCUGGAGGCUUCCCAGGAGGUAUGCCUGGGGGCUUCCCAGGAGGUAUGCCUGGAGGUAUGCCUGGAGGUAUGCCUGGAGGCUUCCCAGGAGGUAUGCCUGGAGGUAUGCCGGGUUUCCCUGGUAGCACGCCAGGAGGGGUGCCUGGAAAUGUUGAUUUUGGCAAAAUAUUGAAAGACCCUGAACUGAUGGCGGCAUUUAGUGAUCCAGAAGUCAUGGCUGCUCUUCAAGAUGUAAUGAAGAACCCUGCUAAUCUUGCAAAGCAUCAAUCAAAUCCCAAGGUGGCUCCCGUAAUUGCAAAGAUGAUGAGCGAAUUUGCAGGACCCAAGUAAACUGUUUCAAUGUUAAAAUGGUGUUUGUGGGAGAUCAACUUUGUGUAAGUUCUGGCAGGCAGGAUCUUUCAUGUUAGUAUGUUACAUUGAGGUGAGAUUGUCAGUUCCAACAUCCAAAACCAUGAUGGUGUGAGUAACAAUACCUGUUUAUUUCAGAUUUGAAAAAAGGUUUAAUAGGAAUGGUGGUUUGAUAA